ACUGCUGUUCAACCAUCGAAGAAGAAAAAAAGCGGAAGUUAGUAACGUUUCGACAGGCAAGACGGAGGCGGCGAGUUGAGAAGAUUCAAAAUGUUGAAAAGGUUGAUAGAAGAGCGACUGAUGGCAGCAGCUGAUGAAAUAUUCGCGCAGUUCGAAAGGACGACGGCGUCAUACGAGGAGCAGCUUUCUCGAACUCGAGAGGAGAAGGAGCGAUAUCGAAAACAACUGGAAGCAGUUGCUAGCAAGACUGGGAUCAUUCUCCAAACUCCAGUACAUAGAUGCCAGCAUUAUUGAUUCUGAAGGCUCACAAUCCACUCUUCCUUCAGUCGUUAACAAGACUUCAAGACAUCCAGCAGCUAAUUGGUCGUCAGGAAAUGCGUCUCCCUAUAGUAACAGAAGGGAGCUUCACUUUGAAGCAGGAAGAGCCACCAUCCUCCCACAUAAAAGAGGAAGAGGAGGAACUCCAUAUAACUCAGGAGGGAGUGUGCCUUCUCGGUCCGGAGGAGGCUCACCUUACGGAAGUAAAGACCGAAAACAAUGAAGAGCAACCACAAGCAAACAACCUCCUAGCUCCACUAUCAGAUAGUGAUGACAUAAAAUCACACUCUCCUGAAGAUGAAGACCGAUUCGACACCCAAAAGCCUUCGAGCAGCGUUACAGACUGUGAAGGUGAUAUGACGACUAACACUGGCAACAAACGUUCUGAAAAGUCCAAAAAAAAGCCAAGUAAAAAUCGGUUUGUUUGCUCAUUUUGUGCUAAAGGUUUUUUUUAUAGGAGCUAUUUGGCUCGACAUAUGAGAACACACACAGGAGAAAAACCCUUUAAAUGUUCGAUUUGUGAUAAAAGAUUCUCUCACAAUGUCUCUGUGGUAUCCCACAUGAGAACCCACACGGGAGAAAAACCCUUCACAUGUUCCGUUUGUCACAAAACCUUCUCUCUGCAGAUACACAUGUCGACACACAUGAGAAUACACACAAGGGAAAAACCUUAUAGAUGCUCAGUUUGUGAGAAAAGAUUCACUCAAAGGCCACAUAUGCUGUCACACAUGAGAAAACACACAGGAGAAAAACCUUUCAGCUGCUCAGUGUGUGACAGAAGAUUCACUCAAAAGGCACAUAUGCUAGCACACAUGAGAAAACAUACAGGAGAAAAACCUUUCAGUUGCUCCAAUUGUGUUAAAAGGUUUUCUCGUAAAAGUGAUUUCACUAGACACAUGAGAACGCACACGGGAGAAAAACCCUUUAGUUGUUCAGUUUGUGAUAAAAGAUUUACUCAGAAAGAAACAGUGGACUCCCACAUGAGAACACACACUGGAGAAAAACCCUUUAAGUGUUCAAUCUGCGAUAAAAGGUUCACUAACAAUGCGUCACUCUUGUCGCACAUGAGAACGCACACUGGAGAAAAACCCUUCAGAUGUUCUGUUUGUCAUAAAACGUUCUCACACAGCGGAACAAUGGUAUCGCACAUGCGAACGCACACAGGUGAAAAACCUUUUAGUUGUUCAGUUUGCGGUAGAGGAUUUGCUCAAAAGUCCAACAUGGCAUCGCACAUGAAAACACACGCAGGAGAAAAGGCCUUUCGGUGUUCACAUUGCACGAAAACAUUCACUCUGCACGAAACCUUGAUGUUACACAUGCGGACACACAGUGUAGAGUAAACGUUAUGAGUUUCUGCAAAAAUAAAAAAUUAUCAAAACCUAAAAGUAUUAUAUUAAGUGUAAUCAUCACACAUGAGGACUGAGGAGUCUCCUAGAAAUGUAUGAUCUGCUGGGUGUAAAAUACCAGAUUCCCCCAUAAAUUAUACCCAACUUUAGAUUCUGACCUUUUCACCAUUUCAGGCUGAUUGGUUGAGAAAAAAAAAAAGAUGAAAUGUUCCUUGCCCUUUUUUUAUUUUGGGCUAAUUACCAAUGAUCAUGUAAAAGGUUUUGUCAACAGGGGUGCCAAAAUAUAUAUCCACAUAGGAAUUGGGAUUCUUAUUCAAUAAGACUCGGAAUCCAUCCAAAAUUUGCACUAAUUUGCUGCGUCAGGUAAUUAUCUACGUCGAGUUUUGUCCCUGCAAGUGGUGGGUCCAGCGAGCUCCUAAAAUGAGUGAGCUAGCUUUAGAUAUUGUUAAUGUUUCUGCAUGAAUGAGAAAGAAAUACAGUCAGCAACAUCAGCCAAUUUUUCAGGCGCACUUUGGAUUCUCUGAGGGACAGGCAAUAUGGCCUAAAGUCUAGAUCACAAUAUAUAUUUAAAGGCCUACUGAAAUGAGAUUUUCUUAUUUAAACGGAAUAGCAGGUCCAAUCUAUGUGUCAUUCUUGAUCAUUUCGCGAUAUUGCCAUAUUUUUGCUGAAAGGAUUUAGUAGAGAACAUCGACGAUAAAGUUUGCAACUUUUGGUGCUGAUAAAAAUGCUUUACCUGUACCGGAAGUAACAGACGAUAUGCGCGUGACGUCACGGGUUGUGGAGCUCCUCACAUCUGAACAUUGUUUACAAUCAUGGCCACCAGCAGCGAGAGCGAUUCGGACCGAGAAAGCGGCGAUUUCCCCAUUAAUUUGAUCGAGGAUGAAAGAUUUGUGGAUGAGGAAAGUGAGAGUGACGAACUAAGGAGAAAAAAAAAAAGACCAGGGUUUCCCACACAUUCAUUUAUUUGUGGUUGUCCGUCACGAAAGAAUUACGGCCGCCACAAAAAAUAUAUAUAUGUAUAUUUUUAAUUGUAUUUAUUUAUUUUUUCCCGCUUUUGACUCGCUCGACCGCUCUUAAAAGCAAUGGGUCUCUGUCUGUGAAUGGAGCUUGUAGUUACAUAUGAUAUAAAUAUGUAAAUAUUAUAUAAAUAUGUAUAUAAAUAUGUACGUAAAGUGUUGUAAUUAUAUCCCAACUCCACGUUCUUCUUGGCGAUGCCCAUCUCUGCCCUUCGCAAGGGACCCUCUUCGAAACACGAUCUUUCGAAAUGAUCGCUGCAAAAUACACUGUACAUUGUGUGUGUGUGUGUGUGUGUGUGUGGUCCAAUCCAACCGUGUUCGCUUGACCGCUCUGUUCCAUAGUAAAGCUUUACCGUCAUCUUUCGGGAAUGAAAACAAUGAAACACCUGCUGUGUUUGUGUUGCUAAAGGCACCCCCAAUACACCGCUUCCCACCUACAGCGUUCUUCUUUGACGUCUCGAUUAUUCAUUGAACAAAUUGCAAAAGAUUCAGCCACACUGUGGAAUUAUGGGAUGAAAUCAGACGACUUAUAGCUGGGAAAGGUGCUGGAACAAAAUGUCCUCUACAAUGCGUGACAUCACGCGCCCGCGUCAUCAUACCGCGACGUUUCAGCGGGAUACUUCGGCGCGAAAUUUUAAAUUGCAAUUUAGUAAACUAACCCGGCCGUAUUGGCAUGUGUUGCAAUGUUAAGAUUUCAUCAUUGAUAUAUAAACUAUCAGACUGCGUGGUCGGUAGUAGUGGGUUUCAGUAGGCCUUUAAAAUUCUCCAAUAGCGACAUAUGUAACAAUAUCAACUUUGGCAUAUAAAUGGCACUAAAAGUAUUACAAAAGAGGUUAAAAAUGCUCCUACUUUGGUUGACCAACUGUGCAGUAAAUUUCUGGUUGAAUUAUUUUGUCAAAACUAUUGUCAAUCUCCUUGUUAUUUAACUGUUAAAUAUUUAUGUUCACCUUCAUUAAAUAUGCGAUACCUGAAGGGGUGGUGGGCGACAUUAGGCCUUCCUUGAUGAAAAAUGCACCAUGCUUGCGUUGUUUUAGGCUGUUGGACCAGUUCAAAUCGCGAAAAGGAUACAAGGUUCUUUAAAGUUCCACUAGAGGUAAUCAAGAAGGGUAAAUAAGUGCGAGAUUUUACGAGGGAAAACCAGGCAACAUGGCCAAAACUUUCCGUCUUCUUCCAAAACCAGCCGGCUGCUCAGUGGUGUCUCCGAUGAUCUUUAUGAGUGGUUAACAUUAUGAAAAAAUGAAAAAUAGCAAAUAAAGGCUAUCGAGUGCUACUUGCUACCUGAGUCACAAAGUUAAAUCAUGAAAUGCAAAAUUCCCCGAGCAAAAAACGAUGCAUGAUUAAUUUGUUUGCGCACACAGAAAUUGUAGACCUCCAUGCUUUUCCAAGUUUGCAUCUGUGUUGCCGGGUAGAAUAUGGAGCACCAGAUUGUUCGACACAUCUGGGAGCGUAACCGACGGUUCACUCGACAAACCUUUUUUUUGAUAACAUAUAGUGAUCGAUUCCAUUGUAUUGUUAGAUUUUGUUUGCUUGUAUCUGCUUUAACAGUAAGAUCUAGGCCUUUUGCGUACUCCGAUAGUUUGGUUGACCACCACUUUGUUCGCUUGAAGUAAACAUCUCAGAAAAAGUCACGUGAUUGAACACAGAGAAUCAGUGAUUCCCGCAGCGCUUUGUUGUUAAGGCGGCUGCCUUAACAACAAAGGGCCACAGCCUAAACUAAAGUCUUAAAAUAUAGAUAUACAGUGGGGCAAAAAAGUAUUUAGUCAGCCACCGAUUUUGCAAGUUCUCCCACUUAAAAUGAUGACAGAGGUCUGUAAUGUUCCUCAUAGGUACACUUCAACUGUGAGAGACCGAAUGUGAAAAAAAAUCCAGGAAUUCACAUUGUAAGAAUUUUAAAGUUAAAUUAUGGUGGAAAAUAAGUAUUUGGUCACUUCAAACAAGGAAGAUCUCUGACUCUCACAGACCUGUAACUUCUUCUUUAAGAAGUUCUUCUGUCCUCCACUCCUUACCUGUAUUAAUGGCACUUGUUUGAACUUGUUAUCUGUAUAAAAGACACCUGUCCACAGCCUCAAACAGUCAGACUCCAAACUCCACUAUGGCCAAGACCAAAGAGCUGUCGAAGGACACUAGGAAAAGAAUUGUAGACCUGCACCAGACUGGGAAGAGUGAAUCUACAAUAGUCAAGCAGCUUUGUGUGAAGAAAUCAACUGUGGGAGCAAUUAUCAGAAAAUGGAAGACAUACAAGACCACUGAUAAUCUCCCUCGAACUGGGGCUCCACGCAAGAUCUCAUCCCGUGGGGUCACAAUUAUCAUGAGAACGGUGAGCAAAAAUCCCACAACCACACGGGAGGACCUGGUGAAUGACCUGCAGAGAGCUGGGACCAAAGUAACAAAGGUUACCAUCAGUAACACACUACGCUGACAGGGAAUCAAAUCCUGCAGUGCCAGGCUUGUCCCCCUGCUUAAGCCAGUGCAUGUCCAGGCCUCUCUGAAGUUUGCCAGAGAGCACAUGGGAGAAUGUCAUGUGGUCAGAUGAAACCAAAAUAUAACUUUUUGGUAUAAACUCAACUCCUGUGUUUGGAGGAAGAAGAAUACUGAGUUGCAUCCCAAGAACACCAUACCUAUUGUGAAGCAUGGGGGUGGAAACAUCAUGCUUUGGGGCUGUUUUUUCUGUUAGGGGACAGGACGAUUGAUCCAUGUUAAGGAAAGAAUGAAUGGGGCCAUGUAUCGUGAGAUUUUUUUUUUUUUUUUCUGUCCAGCUUAUCAGGCAAAUCAUAUAGUUGAUGUAGAUGCCCAUAUCGGCUGUUCAAAUUUACUUUACAAAAGAGAAGUGUAGGAUACUUCUCUUGUUGCCUUAUUUGAAUUUGACUUUAUUAAAUGUAUUUAUAUUAUCAUUUGGUGCAGCCGGGCCGGAGCAGGAAGGGAUAGGAAGAGAAAAAAAAAAAGGAAGACAGAGGGGGAAAUUGUGGGGAUAAGAGGGGGAUUACACAGAGAGACAAAAACAACAACAGCAAAUACAACAAUAACAACAACAACAAUAGAACAACACCAGCACAUACAAUAUGUACAAAUAUGAUCGUAAAAGUGAUAGCAAAUAAGCAGUUAGCGAAAUAAAUAAUAAUAUAGAAAUGACAAUGAGCAUUUUUACACUAAAACUGGAGCAAUACAAAUACCAAUAGAAAAAGCGCUAUUGAUCAUGAACAAAACCAGUAGUUUACCUCUAUUAUCAACAAUACAGUUUUUCAAAUGCAACAAUACGCAUACACAAUGAUAGCUAGAAAGAUAAUUAAAAAAAAUAGAAUAAAAAAAAAAAAAAAAAAAAAAGGAAUACCGAAAGAUGAAAGGGAAGAGAGAGAGGCAACCUAUAUUAGUCUUGUAGAUUGUUAUAGUAACAAUGGGUUAAGCUUUCACAAUAUGCCAUGUGUUAUCCAGUUUACUCUAGGGCAACAAUUAUGUACAUGAGUAUAUGUAUGUAUAUGUACUUGUAUAUGAACAGAUUGUGUAUAUGAAUGUUUGUCCAGUAAAUGUAUAUGUACAGUAUAUGUAUGUUUGUUUGUACAGUGAAUGUAUAUGUACAGUAUGUGUAUGUUUGUACCGUGAAUGUGCGUGUGGAUGAACGGACUUGGAGUAUGUAGGUAUGUAAUGUAUUUGUGUGUGUAUGUAUGUGGGAGCGUAGGUACCAAUGUAUGUACGUUUGUAUAUAUGAAUAACGGUGUGUGUGUGUGUGUGAGUAUAUGUGUGUUUGGGAUGCAACUCAGUAUUCUUCUUCCUCCAAACACGACGAGUUGAGUUUAUACCAAAAAGUUCUAUUUUUGUUUCAUCUGACCACAUGACAUUCUCCCAAUCCUCUGCUGUAUCAUCCAUGUAUCCAUUUUGGUAUGAACUCAACUCGUGUUUGUAGGAAGAAGAAUACUGAGUUGCAUCCCAAGAACACCACACCUACUGUGAAGCAUGGGGGUGGAAACAUCAUGCUUUGGGGCUGUUUUUCUGCUAAGGGGACAGGACGAUUGAUCCGUGUUAAGGAAAGAAUGAAUGGGGCCAUGUAUCGUGAGAUUUUGAGCCAAAACCUCCUUCCAUCAGUGAGAGCUUUGAAUGGUUGACCUAAUACUUAUUUUCCACCAUAAUUUACAAAUAAAUUCUUUAAAACUCCUACAAUGUGAAUUCCUGGAUUUUUUUUUUUCGCAUUCUGUCUCUCACAGUUGAAGUGUACCUAUGAUGAAAAUUACAGACCUCUGUCAUCAUUUUAAGUGGGAGAACUUGCACAAUCGGUGGCUGACUAAAUACUUUUUUUCCCCACUGUUUAUACAUACAUAUAUAUUUCGUACUGUAAAUUAAGCAUGAUGAGUUGAGUAUAUGUCAGCAUGUGGCCCCACUUAUAACUCUUUUUAAAACGUUUAUUUACUGUAAGUCAUUAAUUUGACUAAGUCCUUAUUUUGUCUUAGUAAGUCAAUAUUUACUAAGUCAAAAGAAUGACAUACUUAGUAUCUCAGGUAACAAGGACUGUUGUGUUUUGUUUUUACUUUACGGAAAAAUAUCGAGAUAUAUAUCGUAUAUAGCCACUCAACAUACGGAGCGGAAAACACAACCAAAAAUUGUAGUCUUCUUCAUGCGAUGAAGCCUGCCUACUUCACCACAGUCUGUAGUAACAUCCGUACAGUAACACAACAUAAACACAACGGAACAAAUACCCAGAACCCCUUGCAGCACUAACUCUUCCGGGACGCUACAUUAUACACCGACCGCUACACCCAACCCCGCCCACCUCAACUUCCUCAUGCUCUCUCAGGGAGAGCAUGUCCCAAAUUCCAAGCUGCUGUUUAGAGGCAUGUUCAAAAAAAUAAUGCACUUUGUGACUUCAAUAAUAAAUAUGGCAGUGCCAUGUUGGCAUUUUUUUCCAUAACUUGAGUUGAUUUAUUUUGGAAAACCUUGUUACAUUGUUUAAUGCAUCCAGCGGGGCAUUACAACAAAAUAAGCCAUAAUAAUGUGUUAAUUCCAUGACUGUAUAUAUCGGCAUCGCUUGAUAUGGGAUUCGGCAAUUAAGAGUUGGACAAUAUCGGAAUAUCGGUAAUAAAGCCAUUAUUGGACAUCUCUAGACGUUAGUGAAAAAAUUAUAUUGCGUGGUUUGCUUGUCGCUGUCAAAUUUGCAAGAAAAAGAAUGUCACUAAUUCGCAUCAUCGCAAUAUGACGUCUGUAUCAAAACCUCCAUCAUCAUCCAAAUGUUUUAAUCGCAUAACCCUAAAAAACAUGCAAAGAAUAUAACAAUUUAGAGCGGUCAAUCGCUUACCCCCCAAAAAAUAAAAUAAAUACAGCAUCAUGACACAACACAACCCAUGUCUCAAACUCAAACUCAAUUGUACGUUUCUGGCCUUCACAAUCAAAGUCCUGCAUGCUACAUCCUCUCUAACAGAAUAAGAGUCUCAGAAAAAAAAAAAAGCUUUCACAAGCUACCAUAUUACCCUAUAUCAGGGGUCGGCAAUCUUCAGCAUACAAAGAGCCAUUUGAGCCCAUUUGCCCCUAAUAAGACCCAACUACUGCGAUGAGGUGGCGACUUGUCCAGGGUGUACCCUGCCUUCCGCCCGAUUGUAGCUGAGAUAGGCGCCAGCGCCCCCGGCAACCGCGAAAGGGAAUAAGCGGUAGAAAAUGGAUGGAUGGAAAACCCAACUAGAGCCGCAAACUCUGUUCGAUUCCUAAAAUGACGAUAACACCAAUUAUAGUUUCAUUACACUUAACGCCAUAGAAUUUAUGAAAUCAAACACUUAACAACGUUUCACAUUUUAUUUAUGGGUAUAAGCUUAGCAAAUCACCAAAUUAUUUUGAAUGUUUGAAAAAAAUAUAUACUGGUCCUUCCCUUAUUAAUGAAUUUGAAAAAAAUCAAGUUGCCCCAAUAUUCCGAAGACAUACAACUGCUGCAUAUUUCAUUUGACUAAAAAAGGAAAAGAAUAACCUCGUCAUCAAUGAAAGCAAAUGAAUCUGUCCAUGAAGCAUUAAAUGUUCUAUUUCCAGUAGAAGUGUUUCUCUUUUUUGAUCCGUCCAUCGCUAGCUUACCAGGGGUUGACCGCUAAAAACAAUACAAUUGCUUGGCAACAAGGGAUGAUGCACAGGGGCUGUGACAUACGCGAAUCCCUUAGGGGCGAUGGACGGAUGGGCAGCGCCAGAGGAGCUGCAGCCAGCCACCGUAGCCCGCACUCCCUCCCCCUUGUUGCAAGUCUCGAGAUGUAUGUUGUAUUAUGUAUAUGUGCUUUGUUAUGGAGGUUUUUUCCCACUCCAGACCGGGCCCUCUUAGGAGCCCAGUCUAGAUUGUAUUUUUUUACUCAUCCCCCCCGCAGCGUUUACCUUUUUCCCAUUUUUUACGGCUUCUGGCGACCCAUCAGCGUUCCUGUUCUGUAACUUUGUACACUGUUUGUCAAAUCUUGAACGGGUUUGUGCUGAAAACAAAGUUUCAUUGGACUUGUGCAGUGACAAUAAAGACCUACCUACCUACCUACCUUCGAUCAACAAUAUAUCAAAAAUGUUUUAUUAUAAUAUGGUUAGAUACCAGGACUCUCCAAAAAUAACAACUAACUAAAAAUAACUAAAUAAAUGUAAUUAUUUGUUGACAUUUUGUUUCAAAGCCAAAGGGAGCCACGGCGGUGGCAUGAAAGAGCUGCAUGUGGCUCCAUAACCGCGGGUUGCAGACCCCUGGCCUAUAUGAACAUAAAUAGGGGAAAUGGACAAUGUGAGAAACUUAAACCCACCACUUUCAUAUGGAAUAUGACAAGGAAUGUUGUCGUCGUCCGCAACCCCCCCCCCCCC